UUUCAUGUGGGUUUAAUUCCGGCGCACAAAAAAGGAACCCCACACAAGCUUUGACUCAGCAGCUGCGCUAUCUCGCCCGCCGGAGCGCGACGCCAUGGCCUCCGCCUCCUCCCUCUUCCUCGCCUCCCCCAUCGCCACCGCGCCAAGGAACCGCACCAACGCCACCCCCUCCCCGCUUGCCCCCGCUCGGUCGACCCUGCGCCUCCGGCAGCAGCCACUGGCGGUCGCGGCCGCGCUCCAGGCGGAGCACCAGCCGGCCGUGGCCGCGGCGCCGAAGCCCAAGCCGCCGGCCCUCCCGUUCCGCGUCGGCCACGGCUUCGACCUCCACCGCCUCGAGCCGGGCCUCCCGCUCAUCAUCGGCGGCAUCAACGUCCCCCACGACCGCGGCUGCGAAGCCCACUCCGACGGCGACGUGCUGCUCCACUGUGUCGUGGACGCGAUUCUGGGCGCCCUGGGGCUGCCGGACAUCGGGCAGAUCUUCCCGGACACCGACCCACGGUGGAAGGGCGCCGAGUCUUCGGUCUUCAUGAGGGAAGCUGUAAAGCUAAUGCAUGAAGCAGGCUAUGAGCUUGGGAACCUUGACGCAACACUGAUCUUGCAAAAGCCCAAACUUAGCCCACUCAAGGAGACAAUCCGAUCUAACUUGUGUGACCUACUCGGGGCGGAUCCAUCUGUUGUCAAUCUGAAGGCAAAGACGCAUGAGAAAGUGGACAGUCUAGGGGAAAACAGGAGUAUUGCUGCACAUACCGUAGUUCUCCUGAUGCGGAAGUAGAGUACUGGGAAUUUGGGAUAUAGUACUACAUAACACAGGAAUUUCAAUUGUAUUGUACUAGUGUACAAGAGAUUACUACACUGUCCCCUUUCGUAACUGGUCUAGUCAAUAUGGAAACUUCAGGCGGAAAUUAAUAAAGCCGAGUACAAUGAAGAAAAA